CCGGAAGCUCAAUUUGGAUUGUACCUAGCUUGUCACAACAAUUACUAAUCCGUGGAGGAGAGGAAGACAUGUCGUACAAGCACUGGAUUUGAUACCUAUCGAAAAAACGGAGCAAUUGCUAUUCUAUUUUUUAAACCAAAGCAUAUGGUUGGUCGCAAAUUUGAGCAAAGAACAUAUCGGGUCGUAUCUUGUGAUAUUGCUCUAAGUCAUCUGUUCAACUUAUGCAACUGUGAACAUCAACAACGUUAACGUUAGCUAGCAUAGCCAGUACACAAUCAAUCGUCAAACCAACAAACUCUAACAUAUGUUGGUCUCAGUAUUCAAUCCAAAGUGAGUAAGACAAAGGUAGAGCCUUUUGGUCCAUGGCAAGAGAGAACCAGAGGCCAUGUCGAUGUGAGGAUUUGUGAGAAGUGCAAUAAAUUGGGGAUUUGGUGUUGGAGAGAGAGCCAUGUCCUCAGGAGCGGAGCCCCCUGACAACCUGGAACAUCCACGAUUUUUUGUGGGCUGUGAUGACGCCGAAGGAGAGGAGCUGAUCGAUCCUGGGAGAGUCAUGGGGUGCGACUGUCUCUACGAAGAUGUUGAGGAAGAGGAGGAAGACGACGAUGAGAUGUAUGACUCGCCACCAGAGAGGCAGAUAGUGGUCGGCAUUUGUGCAAUGUCGAAGAAGUCCAAAUCCAAACCGAUGAAGGAGAUCCUGGAGCGCUUGUGUCUCUUUAAGUACAUCACCGUGGUAACUCUGGAGGAGGAUGUCAUCCUCAACGAACCUGUCGAAGACUGGCCCCACUGUGACUGCCUCAUCUCCUUCCACUCCAAAGGCUUUCCUUUGGACAAGGCCGUGGCUUAUGAAAAACGAAGAAACCCGUUUAUCAUUAAUGACCUGGACUUCCAGUACUCUAUUCAAGACAGGAGGGAAGUGUACAGAAUACUGAAGGACGAAGGGAUCCAGCUACCUCGCUUUGCUGUGCUCAACCGAGAUCCCGCGAGACCAGAGGAAUGUAACCUGGUGGAAGGGGAGGACCAUGUUGAAGUGAACGGGGAAGUUUUUCAGAAGCCCUUCGUGGAGAAACCAGUCAGCGCCGAGGACCACAACGUCUACAUUUACUACCCCACCUCGGCCGGCGGCGGCAGCCAGCGCCUCUUCAGGAAGAUUGGCAGCAGAAGCAGCGUUUACUCACCGGAGAGCAAUGUCAGGAAAACAGGCUCCUAUAUUUACGAGGAGUUUAUGCCAACAGAUGGCACUGAUGUCAAGGUGUACACAGUGGGGCCUGACUACGCCCAUGCUGAAGCAAGGAAGUCUCCGGCCCUUGAUGGCAAAGUGGAGCGGGACAGUGAGGGCAAGGAGGUGCGGUAUCCCGUCAUCCUCAAUGCCAGAGAGAAGCUCAUUGCUUGGAAAGUGUGUCUGGCUUUCAAGCAAACGGUCUGUGGUUUUGAUUUACUGCGUGCCAAUGGACAUUCGUAUGUCUGCGACGUCAACGGGUUUAGCUUUGUGAAGAACUCGAUGAAGUACUAUGAUGACUGUGCGAAAAUCCUUGGUAAUAUCAUCAUGAGGGAGCUGGCCCCACAGUUCCAGAUUCCCUGGUCCAUACCUCUGGAGGCUGAAGACAUUCCUAUUGUCCCUACUACCUCUGGUACCAUGAUGGAGUUGCGUUGUGUCAUUGCGGUCAUUCGCCAUGGGGACCGAACCCCAAAGCAGAAAAUGAAGAUGGAGGUUCGCCACCAAAGGUUUUUUGAUCUCUUCGAGAAAUGUGAUGGGUACAAAACUGGAAAGCUAAAGCUGAAGAAGCCUAAACAACUUCAGGAAGUGCUGGAUAUUGCUCGACAACUAUUGGUUGAAAUCGGGCUCAAAACAGACUGCGAAAUCGAAGAAUCCAAAGCAAAACUGGAACAACUGAAGACGGUCCUUGAAAUGUAUGGCCAUUUUUCUGGCAUCAAUCGCAAAGUGCAGAUGACAUACCUUCCCCACGGUUGCCCGAAAGCCUCUAGCGAGGAGGAAGAUGUGCGUAGGAAGGACCCCUCUCUGCUGCUGGUGCUGAAGUGGGGAGGGGAGCUGACCCCAGCAGGGAGGGUACAGGCAGAGGAGCUGGGCAGGGCCUUCCGCUGCAUGUACCCUGGAGGACAAGGUGACUACGCAGGGUUCCCAGGCUGCGGUCUUCUGCGCCUACACAGCACCUACCGCCAUGACCUGAAGAUAUACGCGUCGGACGAGGGCAGAGUGCAAAUGACCGCUGCGGCUUUUGCGAAGGGUUUGCUGGCCCUGGAGGGGGAACUCACGCCCAUCUUGGUGCAGAUGGUGAAGAGUGCCAACAUGAACGGCCUGCUGGACAGUGACAGCGACUCGCUCAACAGCUGCCAACAGAAGGUCAAGGCCCGGCUCCACGACAUCCUGCAGAGGGACAGAACCCUAACCCCCGAAGACUAUGAGAAGCUGGCUCCAACCAACGGCGCAUCGUUAGUGAAAUCGAUGGAGAUGAUCGAGAACCCGGUGAAAACCUGUGACAAGGUCUACACCCUCAUUCAGAACCUAACGCAGCAGAUCAGACAACGGAUGGAGGACCCAAAGUCAGCUGACAUCCAGUUGUACCACAGCGAGACGCUGGAGCUGAUGCUGCGCCGUUGGUCUAAACUGGAGAAGGACUUCAGAAUGAAGAACGGACGGUACAACAUCAGCAAGAUCCCGGACAUCUACGACUGCAUCAAGUACGACGUGCAGCACAACAGCUCCCUCAAGCUGGACCACAUGAUGGAAAUCUACCACCGCUCCAAGGCCCUGGCCGACAUCGUCAUCCCACAGGAAUAUGGCAUUACUGAGGAGGAGAAGCUGGACAUCGCUAAAGGCUACUGCACACCUCUAAUUCGCAAGAUCAAGUCGGAUCUCCAGAGGACACAAGACGACGACACUGUGAACAAGCUGCAUCCUGAGUAUUCUCGUGGCGUGAUGUCCCCCGAGAGACAUGUGAGGACCAGGCUGUAUUUCACCAGUGAAAGCCAUGUCCAUUCGCUGCUGUCCAUUCUGCACUACGGACCCCUUUGUGACGAGGCGAAGGACGAUCAGUGGAAAACUGCCAUGGAUUACCUGAAAGUCGUCAGCGAGCUGAACUACAUGACCCAGAUUGUAAUCAUGCUUUAUGAGGAUCCCAACAAGGACCCCUCGUCUGAGGAGCGGUUCCACGUGGAGCUCCACUUCAGCCCGGGGGCCAAAGGCUGUGAGGAGGAUAAGAACCUCCCGGCUGGCUUUGGCUACAGGCCAGCAUCUCGCGAGAAUGAGGGCCCGAAAAAAAAAGCCCAGGCUACCGACAGCGAUGAGGACGCCUGUGCCGCCAAGCGUGACGAGCCCGACCGGGCUCCGGUGAACUUCAGACCCCUGGUGUCGGACCCCAUCUACAUCCACCGGAAACCCAGCAUGCCCCGGGCCAAAAAGAUCGGCUCCGUGGAAGAAGAGAGUCCACUGAGUGUCUCUAGCCCAGACUCAAUUGGUACCUGGCUUCAUUACACCUGUGGGGUUGGUACUGGGCGUCGAAGACGCAGAUCAGGGGACCAAAUAACCUCUUCCCCUGUCUCCCCCAAAUCACUGGCUUUCACAUCCAGUAUUUUUGGCUCAUGGCAACAGAAUCCAGUAGGCUACGCAGCACUCAUGGAGGCAAGACAUGAGAGUCAGGGCCAAGGGGCUGCCUUAGCCCUCCAGAUCCUGACUGAAAGUGGCCAUCUUCAAAGACCUGGCAGACUUCACUCAGAAGUCAAGCUCACUACUGGAAUCGGGGCUCAUUGCGCUGGUCUCUUUAGCAACAUGGUGCUCGGGGGCUCCUCAAGCGCACCAAACCUACAAGAUUAUGCUCGCGCGCACCGCAAAAAGCUGACCUCUUCUGGCUUCUUAGAUGAAGCAACGCGCAGUUCUGGCGUAAAAAGGUUUUCAAUAUCAUUUGCGAGACACCCAACCAAUGGUACGCUUAGUUGUGAUGGUAAAUUCUUAUCCAGUGUGUUCUGUGGCUUUGAGCUAUACUCCAUGGUUCCAUCCAUAUGUCCCUUGGAGACUCUGCACAAUUCACUGUCACUCAAGCAAGUGGACGAUUUCCUGGCCUCCAUUGCCAGAAGCCAUACCUCCGACUUUGAUGCCUCCACAUCCACAGUUGCUGGGAAGAAAUUUUCCCUGAACACUUACACGCCUGCAAAGGUCCUGCCCUGCCCUUUCACUGAGGGGAAAAAGACAAUGGAGAAGGAUGCCAGUGUGAGCGGUCAGGGAAUAUCAGGGAAAUCCUCCCACUGUAGUUCCCAUGGUUCUUCAGAAUCAGGAAAUGCGUCACAGGACCCCCCGGCCGUGUGUGGCCCAGUGUCUCCCCAAACUACCCAGGAGCAGCUACAACAUUGGACUGGUUCUUUGUCUCACGAGCAGGCCAGCAAAGACUCGUCGACGGAGAGCCUCCCCGAGAUCGCGGGAUCAGGGAUCAAAAACACUGUAACGUGUGACACUCAAAGCCACAAAGUGCCAGGAGAAUCUGACUCGUGUGAAGUGGCAACAGAGCCUGCUCCCCUGGAUUUGCGCGGUGCGCGUUCAAAGUACUGCGAAGGAGAUGGUAACACGUGUACAGCUUUACCUCAGAGGGCCCGGGAUUGUGUCGGUAGUAAAACGGUGCUAGACAAGACUUUACCACAGGACACAAACGAUGAAGCACCUUCAGAGACUUCUUGUUCCACAGUCAAGUCUGUAGGCAAGGAGACGGGAACAUCUGCUGGUCGGGAGGUUUAACAUAUCUUCAAAUACAACUGAGGUUUCGAGAACAUUACCCUAAUGUUGUAUAAUUCAACUUCAUGCAAAUUUUCCUGUAAAUACAAAGAUUUACACCCAUUAAUUUUGCCAUGUAGGAUAUUUUUUUCUCUCUUGAAGAGUAUUGAUUCCUCCUAUACACGAUAUUCCUUAGAAUCCAGGUGGGAAUGUAUUGACGCGUCAGUCAAUCAAUGUAAGAUCAUAUUUCAACUAUAUAAACAAAGUGAUGAUGCAUUGCAUUAUAGAUUGCUGUAUAUGUGCAUAUGCAUAUAUAAACAUAUAUUAUGUAGUAUACUAUACAUUAUGUGUAUGUUUACAUAUACAUAUUUGUGUAUAUGUAUAUACACAUUUAGAAAUAUUAAAAUAUCAAAUGGUUCUCCGCAGAUCUACAGUCCAGAAGAAAAGAUGACUUUACUCAUUUGAUUGUAAAUCUUGCAAUUGAAUGUAGCCUAUGGUUUGUAUAAAAUAUGAAAACAUUUUCAAGCCAAAAAUCGAUCCAAAGUACCCUUAUUUUUUUUUACCAGGGAUCUAAAUCUAGAUGAAUAUACAGAAUGUUUUAUUAAUUAAACAUUUAGGUAGCAGUUAAUUCCAAGCUAACAUUUUAUGUACUUUAUUUGUAUAGGUGCCCCUUGUUUCUUUGAGAGUUUCAAGGUUCUUUUGACAUUUAUUUUUCCUGAAGUGAUUUAUGUGCCAGAAAUGCCAGAAAGCUAGGGCUUAUAAAUUGUACAUGUAUGUAUCAGCAUUGCUGAUGUAAAAUGUGUCUAGAUCAUUGCACACAAGAUCAAGCUUCAAUAUGUCUUUGCUGUUUAUCCCUGCUGCUGUGCCUCAGAUCUAAAACUGUCCAAUUUAAGUGGCUCGGUGACAAAGGUUGAUUGUGUGGGACCAAUUAACUCACGGCUGUGGACAAUCCAAUGCAAAAUUAGAAAGGAAAGUGUAUUCUUGCUUUCAGUCAAUUAUGGCUACCUAAAAGAUCCAGUAAUAUUCAAUCCUGGUAUAUUAGGACUGAUGUCCUAAAAUGUAUCCAUCUUUGAACCAUACACUCGUGCUACAGAAAUCGCACAUCUACUCAGCAUUGUUUUUUGUAAAUAUUGUUAUACUACAAUGUAGACCAUAUGAAAAGAAAUGCACAGCAAUGUCUGGGAUUCAUCUUCCUCACCCAUUGACCCUGAAAUGUUAAUGUACUUUUAGAACAUAUCAUUAAACGGUCGAAUCUCAUACGAUUUAAGAACUUUCUGAAAUCCUUUCCUCAAAUGAAAUCCCACCACAAAAACAUGGUCAGCCAUUGUGAAUGAGGUAGAAUAUUCUCACCUAUGUGAGAUAUUUCUUACUCCCCUGUAAACAAAUUAAUCUAUAUUGCUUACAUCAAUAUUGAAAGAAAAAAUGAAGAGGCAAUGUUAACUGUGAAAGGCACAUAAUUUACCGUAUCAGUGGUAUGUUUAGAGGAGAAGUCCUACCUGAAUAACAUGUGCAUUUAAUCAAUUAUAUGUUUUAAUUUAAAUGGGUCAGAUUAUUUUUAUUUGAAAAAAUUACCAACCUGGAUAAGCAUGUGUGCCCCCUUUUUAGGUGGGUAGAUUAAGUGAAGGUGCCUAUGAACCCAUAUUCGUUUUGUAUGUCUUCCAUGAUCUUGAACAUAAUAGUCUAUACAAUGUUUCGCUGUUACCAAAAUAAUACCGUAACUUUAUAUAACGAAAACAGUUGUAUAUGCUUAUUUGAAAAAUUGUAUUUCCCAGUGUCCGCCAAACAGUUUGUGAACGAUUUACUCUGCUCCAAACUCAAGGGCCAUUCUGUUCAUGACAGGAAGUUGAGUUGAAUCAGGGUCCACCUAGACUUCAAUGACCUUGCCCAUUGUGUGCAAGGUCUUUCAGAACUCAAAAGAAGCAGUUUCGUCCAAUAAUCUGCCUCACUUUAAUCUCCAUCUCUUAAAUCUUCAAUGAUCCUAGUGUAUAGCUUGGGAUCAUUCUGUAUGUGACAACAUACUACUGAACAGGGUCAACUAGACCAAAUCCCUCUGUAUCCAGAGUAGGGAGGGAUAUGCUUUCCGGUAACUGCUAAUCAUCAGGGCUGUACUUGUUUUGUGAUGUUUGUAAGUGUCUGUCUGCCUGUUGCAGAAGCAGCUCCGCUCUAUAAUGGAUUGAUCCCUGGGCGGUAGCCAAUAUAACCUUGAUGGAUACUCAAGUGUAGCUUUGAUGGGGAGAAGGUUGUUUAGAAGGGGUGUGCUUACUCUGUCAAUCUAUUCUACCUCCGCGUUGAGUCGUUUGACUUGGGUCAUCAAGAGUGUCUUGGGCUUUAGCUGUUCGAAUAUCUUCCCUUCCGGCUUCCUGUGAAUCUGCAAUUUUCUCAAAAUCUAUCAGCAGGCCCAUUGCCACGAUUAGCUUCCAGAUCAUUCCAGUUCACAGCAGUAAAUCCCAUCUGGAUUGGAAGGGUGCUCAUUCAAUUCAAAUUGAGGAACUGUAGUGUCGGUUCCAGAUUAAUCAGUCACAGCCAAAACUUUUUGGUAAUCCACUUGGGAUAAUGCCCCUAACCGGAAGAUGACAAGUCAUCCUUUUCCAGAAGUGAACCAUCGCCUAAGGCUUAAACAAAAUUCUUUCAAAAAUGAUUAGGCUUACAGUCCUGUGCUUAAUCUUUUACACAGCAUGGUUAGAGACAUUCAGUACAAGGAACAGAAACUGCUCAUUCGCUUUAAAGUUUUUCUUACCCUACCCACUGCAGCCAAAAUGGGGGUGUUUUAAUUCUGCAGCAGGGACUCUGGGAUGAAACUUCUGAAUAGGCAUGUAUCUGUUGUAAGUAUUGACAUUUUUAAAGCACUGCCUUUAAUUUUGGUUCAAUAAACAUGAUGCAAGGCUGAUGCUUUGCGGACACUUUAUUAUUACACAAAAAUUACUGAAAAUAGUUUUCUUGCAGCAUAACCUCACUGUGACACAAUAAAUAGACAGUCAACAUCUGAUAUUUAUCAAAUGAUUAUAUAUAUAUAUAUAUUUAUAUAUAUUUUGUGAUUUUGUGAAGACAACUUACGUAAGAAAUAGACCAUAUAUAUGAAGAUUCAGAUCUCCGUAGCAAUAACUUUUCCCAAGUGGCACGUUUUUGAAGGUUGGCAAAGUAACUAAAAAGGCACAAAUAUAUAGCUUUAAAACUAUUGAAAUGUUUGAUUCAAUCUAAAACAAUAAAAAGUAUUCUUGGUCUUUAUGAAAAUAAUCUACAUGAAAAGAAAAGAAAAAAAAUCAGUUAAUGUGACUUCAGUUAUAUUAAUCAGAAUUCUCAUAAAAAUAAAUACA